AGUUUUCUAGGUCCGAUUUUACGUGUGGGGGCAUGAUUAUUGCGCCCUUUCCGCGACUUGCCUCCUGUGCCCGAGCUACCAACCUCUGCACCUAUAUUUACACUAUUGUAACAUGAAUCGUUAGUAUCGCCUUGUACUCUUCAACACGAACAGCAACAGCAUUUCUCUGCCUUUGUUCGCAUAACUCGCAUUGCGAAUUCUUUUUUAACUUUUAACUGCACUACCGAGAGAGUCAACAAGAUGAAGAACACCUGCACAAUAUCAAGUUGAAGACAUUUUUGCAUUGCCCCCCGGAGUGUUUAGUUUCAGGCGACCAAAAUGCCUCUGUCAUGCGGCAUGUUUUCGUCAAUAUUCAUGCUAUGUGUGCCACACGACUUUUUUGUUUCUAGCGCGUGAAGAACGAAGGCAAAAGGCCCAUACCCAGUCACUUCGGACUGCGAGAUGCAUCAAAUUUACAUACGUGUGUCGUGUUUUGCGCACUUUUCGCCUCCAGUUGUGGGGGUGAUAAGUAAGUACAACAAAUCGGGGGUGGAUGAAUGUCUUCUACCACAGGAUAUAGUGCCAGAUUUCUGCGGGCAGCCGUUGUCGGUUUGUAUGGCCAAUUGCAAUUUGCAGCGGCCCAAUGUGGUCCAGGGAAUUCCCUGCCGUACCCUCCCGGUACGACCACUUGUCCGGCGUCUGGAUCCUCCAAAAGUGGCGGAAAAGCGCCGCCAUCGUCCUCAGGCUCCGCACCGAGUACUACAUUCACAUAAGCAGCUACUACAUAAGCAGCUGCUAGUGCUGGUAGCUGCAUGUCCCGCAGUGCAUUUGGCUUUUUAACUGAUCAACACGCGCAGUCUGAUGUCAGUGAACAUCUUCAACACCUUAUUUGAUUAAUUCGGAAAACGUACCAGGACGUACACGUAGCAAAGCUGUCGCGUAGCGGCAUGCAUCCCUCUGAGAUCGACCUCCUACAUGAUUUUUGAAUGAAAAGUUGUUUUAGAAGCUCUAGCUCUUGACUCACAGGUGGUAUGGCGACCGCCGGGCAGCAGACGUCUCACCAAGCUCCCCCUGACGCGACUUCCGGGACAACAGCACAACAGGGAGCGCCACCGGCGCCGUCAAGCGGCUCGGGAAUGCCAACUGCUGGGCCCGGCGCUGGGAGCAACAUGGGGGGAUCUGCGAUUACGUGUACUGCCCGGCCCUGUGGCGCGAGUACUCUGGGCGACGUGGCCCUGGUCACCGCAUCUGGAACGGAUACGCGCAGCGGUGUCACCUUUUCUCCGGGCGAAAACAUCUACGGGCCGUUCGAAGCCGGAUUCAGUAAUUGCUCUAUUUUUUUGUACAAUUAUCUAUAAUACUAAUUAUCUAUAAUACUAUUCAAAAAAUUCUGGCGGGCGGGGGGGUGCAAGCUACUAGUAGGAAUCCUACUAGUGGAAAGCUGCUAGUAGAAAAAAGGCUACUAGUAGAAAUCCUGCUAGUGUUUUUAGCGUCACAAAAAGCCGCGACCGGUACUAGUGACAGGGGCCACUAGUGAGGGCGCCCACUAGUGGAGCCACUAGUGACAAAAAAACCGAUUUUGGGGAAGCGGAAACACUAGUGAGAAACACUAGUGAGAAAGCCCGCCAAAUUGGGAAACUCGCUGGGAGGGGCCGAGGCGCCCGCUGCCCGGCCCCCAGGUGGCCUUCGGACCUGCCUGCCGUGGUCCGGGCCCUUGGCAUUGGCUUAGAUGCCUGGCGGUUCGCGUUUGGCUGCCCCAGGCUGAAGUCGCUCUGCUUUGUGGCGCCCCGUCCCCUUCCACCUCUGUUGCGAGCGAUUUGGCGCCAGUUUGCGCCUUCUCUGCCGCCUGUUGCUCUGCAGGCCGGGCUCGCUUGGUCGCGUUCGGACUGCCGACGGACCACGGGGGCUCUUUGGCCGCGCCGGGGCUGCCUGAUUUUGUCUCUUUGGAUCGCCGAGCGUGUUUUCGGUUUCUGUGGAUUGCCGCUCCUUGCUUUGGAUUGCCGAGCGUGUUUUCGGUUAUUCUUUGCGGCCCGCCUGCUCCUUCUCCUUUCGCUCCCAGCGCUUUUUGCCUCGUCCCCGGCCAUUGGUGGGCUUUCACUUUGGCCUGCUUGUUGUUUUUUUUUGGCCUGUCUCGUUUCUAGAGAGAGCCACACGCAGCGCCCCCCUGCCUUUCCGCCGCGGCCCUGCCUGCUCCUGUGCUUUAUUUUUCCCUCGUGCUGGCCGUGUUUCUUGUCUUUCGGCCGUCGGCGCGCUCUUUUCGAUCUCUUUCCUGUGACUAGCCUCCCGGGCCGUCGAAAGGGGUCUGGGCACGCUCUCCGCCGGACCUGUUUGUGGCGGCUCAAACAGGGGCUGCGCUGUGCGCCCCCUACCGCCGCUUGCGCCUCGCGGCCUUCUCUCUCCUCACGCUUCUUGCGCUCCCGCCGACCGAGGGAGGAAUGCCAGGGGCGCUCCCGUUUUUUUUUUCGCCUGUCGCGCCAGCAUGGUUUGAGGCUGUAGCGCUAGGCGCUACCCUGUAGGCUCUUUCUCCCUCGCUCCCCCUUGCACCCCCUCGUCGCCGGGCCGGCGGGCGCGGAGCGACCGCCCGUUCUAGAUAAAUACUAUUCAUUCUCAUUCAUUGAUGCGACAUUUUUUGCACUUGUAACUUCCGAAAGUGAGUGCCACACGGAAAUUAAUAGUACACGAACAAGGCAGGAGUGGCCCAAUAUAUAACUGUCCUAGGAAAUAAAAGUAAAACGUAACGCAGGUUCACAGCAGGACUUUAUUCUCACGGGCCUCGGUUGUUCCACGGGGAGCCUGGGGUACAUUGACGGGGGGAUAGACACAUACACGGCGGAGCAGAUAUGCAUUGCAUAUAUGUCUGGGUCUGGAAGACUGCGAGAUUUCUCAUGCUAGUUUGGCAUGACUCUGAACUCUGUAUUGCGUGGCCACGAAGGCCUCCUCUUGUCUGUCAUGCAAAAACGGUGUUUCUCAUGCACAAUAGAAAAUCUCAAUCUGUCAUGCUUCUGCCAUGCUUAGCGGUGGAGCCACGAGAAAAUCUGUCAUGCUUAGCGGUGCAUUACAGAGCGCUUUCUGUUCACUGACAUGCAUCACAAGUUUCCAGACCCAGACAUUUUUACCUUUGAUAGCAGAUGGUAGCUUACCAAUGCUCCAUCACGUUGCCCCGAGUCGAAAACAACAACUACGUUUCCCUGCUCGACGAGUGCGGGGGGCACACCCGCGAGUACCACUUUCACGAGCGCCUGUCCUGCUUGUACGACCAGGCAGCCAGCGGCCACUCGGCGCAGGUCGGGAAAGAGGCGGCCGGCCUGCCGGAUGGGCAGCAACUGCUGGUGUACGGCAAAUACGAGAAUCGGCCGACCACACCCCAGCUGGACGCCUGCAACGGGCAUUUCGGGGUCACGCCCGACAGUGCCGGGGUGGUGGUCUACCACUAUCACGUCUCGGAUUCCGCUCCCUUUACCAUCGGCUGUCACGGCCCCGACAAAAACGCCGCCGGGGAGGAGAUCCUGGUCACUUUGGAGCGCUGUCGCGCAGUCUCCAGUGGUUGCGGCGCCAGUAUUAAGACGCUCUAAUUGAUUGUGCUUCAGUAAUAUUUCUUGCAAAAUUAUUCCACAUAUUACACAGUUACUUUUUGCGAGCGCAUAGCCAAUCUGUCAGUACAUUUUUGGGGCAGCAUUUUUCAUCCAUGGGGUUCGGGUCUAGGUUUACCUGCUUGUUCUACAAAACUACAUACGUAAAUUGUAUCAAAUUCAAACAAACGAAACACAACACCUACAGGCGCAACAGUGAAGUCCAUCACGCGCAACAAGUACCCGCAGUCCGGUUCGGAAACUGUUUUACGAAGUCGAAAACGCAGCUCCCUGCCGCAUGCUCUUCAAAAGAGAUCAGGUUUCGGAAACGAAUCUGAUGAAAUAGAAACGCAGAUACAACUCAUGUGCAUCAGGCAGCUCUCUCACGCAGAAAAGGAAGCUGCGUCCUCCUUCCAAGUUGUUUCGAAAACUUUUGGGUGGAUGUUUUGCAAUGUAGAAGAAAAGUAUAGAACAAGAAGAUUUGAAAGAAAAGGUCCUGAAUUCGAAGAUCGCCGCCGCUGUCCACUAGAAGCAAACAAGUAGCUGGGCAAGCCGUGUCGCACACACUGCAAGCGCUGUCUCAUAUCCUACCUUUUGAAAAAGGUUGGAGCAGCAGGGAGGGGUGUCGUUUUUUUCCUACGCAUAGGUGCAGUACAAGACUUGGUGCCCGUGCUACGACGCCAAUGGUUCCAACGUGGACUCGGCUACCCUCCCGGUCUUCGCAAGCAGCGCCACCAUCACAAAGAGCAGCGUCGCAGGAACUACGCCGACUCCGAGUCCGAGCCCGGCCCCCGCGCCGGCGCCGACUCCCGCGGCAGCGGCCGUCACCACGACCACCACCACCACCACGACACUGGCUCCGCAAAACUGCGUGGCUGCCUGGAGCGCCUACGGGAACUGCACCAGUGGCGUCGAGGAGUCCACGUACACGAUCACCACCUUCCCAAGCGGAACGGGUGCGACGGCGUGCCUCUACCCGCAGCACGCGACCAAGCAGCGCCCUUGCGACGAGUCGACCAUGAUGAACAGCCAAAAUCCAUCGACGGGCACCUGCUACGGAGCCUGGACGGACCUGAACGGUGGCGCCUGUACGUCCGGCGUGAAAGGCAAGCAGUACACCACAGCCAACGACUAUCCGAGCAAAAAAAGUAUAGUACCUUGCUCAAGAACUACAACACCGGUCGCGUUGUAGUUGACCGUGGAGGCGCUCCGUGCUGCUCGGAUGCGUUUUUGCAUUUAUCUUUCCCAUUUUCAGUGCCGGCAUGUAAAGAAGAUUUAGAGGAACUUAUAAUUUGUAGGAUGGAACCUAGCAUCAAGGUGGUCGGGGUCUCUCACAUCAACUCCACUUGGUUUUGUAUGGACAGCACAAGUGUCCUUGCCGUUGAUUGCGCGAGACGAACAUCAGUAACAAGUGCGGAGCGUGAAUUAUUAUUGCUGUGCGGACUUGUAGUCUUUGAACGCAAGCAGUUCUUAUUUCACGGUGUUGAGCAAACAACUUUUUUCCUUCGGAUAGGUUCACCGAAAGCUGUCCCAUCGCGAACAACACGAUCGCCGCGGAGGUCUGCGGGACGUACUGCCAGGGUGGCUGGUCCGCAUGGAGUGCCUGCGAAGAAAAUGCCAUCCUGUGCUUCUACCAAGUUCAGUACUCCGCCACGAACCCGAGUACCGUGACCGCGGUGACGCAGAUAUCGUGAGAAAAAAGUGUUCACUGCGAGGACUUUGCACGUUUUGCAUUACAAGUUCGUUGCUCAUGACAAGGAAAACCUGCCAUGCGUACUACCUAAGGGAAAACACAUUGAAAAAGACAAUGUCUUGCAUGUGUAGCAAGACAAAUGCGUCUGUGUUGCAUUCCAUGCAUCACAAGUUUACAGUCAAACAGUUUUUUCCUGCGAUAACAGAAGACGCAGGAACAGUACCAAACCCUGCUGGACGCGGGCACCACCAGUGGGCUGACCUUAUGAAUGUGCACAACUCCCCUUCCCCCUCAUUUGUGUAGCAUGAACGGCAAUACAAGCAUCAGCAAGAGUGCCGGUUUUGCAUGACAAAUUUGCGCUGGAUUAUAGUGCUCUUUGGGCUACCAGAACUUGUCAUGCAAACAGUGCCACGAUGCAAAGGGUGGAUUGGGUAUUUUGUAUGGCAAAUGAGGGGGAGGGGGAGUUGUGCACUUUUAUAGACCUGGAAGUCGUUGCUGAAGCAGAAUGCGGACGGAACCACGGCCAACACGGCCUGCAGCGCCAUCAGCACCACGGAAGCAAGCACGCUGAUCUCCGCCGGGCAUACAGGAGCUGUGAAUGCCUACGUCCCCGGAAAGAAAACCUAUCCAGUGUGAAAACGUCACUUCCCCAGGCCAGGCACCGCCCGACACACCUCGUCGUCGGGCGCGCUCGCGUUUUCUAAUAUAUAGUCUCGACGGUUUUGCAAUGAUUCAGUUAAUGUCAACCGGGAAGUGUCUGUGAAUUGAAUGAUCGGGCCGUUAUUAGAAAUCAAAUGGCCGCGAUCACGAUCUUCACACGGACAAUCAUGCAAUUACAGUGUCACUGGUACUACUACUACAGAACAAAUCAGAGAACAUCUGAACUCCUUUACCUUUAGCAAGUGUUACGACCGGAAUAAUAAACCUGCUGUAUCUGUUGAGUAUCGGGUCGGGGGGACGCUUUUGCUCCGGAUAAGAAGCGGUCCUUCACUGCAACGCAACAGCCUAGUGGCAACGGUGCGGCUUGCCCCGCAUCUCCGGAAACCAAGGUGUGCAACUUCGUGUUCAAGACCGUCGCGAGCGCGCCGAAGAAGACGCUCCAGCCGACCCAAAUCGCCACCCGCUUGUCCGCCGGCUUCGCGCUGCCAGCCUGCAAAACGCAGGCAGAACUCAAUGCGGACACAGCGUUCAAGACCGCGAUCGCAAACGGAGUCCGAGGCUCGGUGUCGUCGCAGACCUGCGUGGCCGACCAGAUUAUCUGCACGAGCUGCCCCACGGUGUCUUCCUGCCCCGCGGGGGUCCGCCGCCGCCUGCAGACGUCCACCACGGACCGGGAACUGCAGGUCGAUUAUGGCUCUGAAAACUACUGGCCCCGCGACCCAACGAAGAAAUUCAAUUUUUUUGUUUUGGUUUUUCAGUAGCAGUCCUUAUUUAAUUGGCAGAAAAUAAAGUACUAUGCAGCGAGUGUCUUCGAAUGUCUCUAUUAACAGCAGGCUGUGGAAGUAUCUAUGUCUAUCUUGCAUCCUUCCACACGAGAAGUCGCUUCAAAAUCGGGUCGUUGCAGUUCAGUUUUCAGACGGAUACAGACGUCACCAUCACUUUUACCGACGCCGCGUCGGCAUCAACGGCAGCCACGGCAAUGCACUAUGCGACUGCAUCCUCUCCCCCUCAUUGUGAGUGCAUGAGCAGCAACAGCAAGAAAAAAAACAAAAACUGCAUGACGAAAACAUCAAGCUUGUAUCUUCAACAAAAGACUGUACUUAUUGCUUUUGCUCUUUGCGCGUCCCGAACAUACUUUACCAUGCUGGGAGCGGGUCUGCGUGAUGAAAGACACCCGGACUAGGUGGAAACUUGCAUUUUUGUGUGGCAAACAAGGGGGAGUCAGUUGUGUGCUUUCAUAUGCAGACGGACACCUACAAGACCACCCUGAAGACCCAGGUCAACUCCGCGAUCACCGCCGACAGCAACUUGGCUGCCAAAUACCAGGUUACCGCAGUCACCGGACUGUCCGCCGUCCAAACAUACGACGAGAACCCGACGGUGGCCUCAUCCAGCGCGACGUACUGUGUGGCCGCGGCGGUCAUGGGCGUGCAGCUGCUUGCGUUCCUUCUGCUGCAAUUGUGA